AUGGAAGGCCUGGACUUAAAUUUGAAUUCGCUCCACUUGAAUGAGGAAGAAGUUGCCGCUAAACAGUCGACCCCAGAUAAGUUUGCACACUACCGAGCGACUUACGGAUGGGACUGGAAUAUAGAUACGAUCCAGAAAGGUGAGGACGAAGACGGGGACGACGCAGACGACGUGGUGCAGGAUGAGGAGCAGCGCGGUGAUGAUGUGAACUAG